CGAAUCCAGUAACUUACUGUGCUGAUUGUUAGAAACAGUUAUGUGGUGCCUUUAACUAGUUGGUUUUGUUACAUGCAGCUGAUUAUGAAAUGUUUGAAAUGUUUACAUGUGUUUCAUUGGUAUCACACUAGAUGGAGAGCCUGCAGCAGGACAGCGCUUGGACCCCCAGGACAUCGAGAAUGUCAGUAUUUCCGAGGAGACAGGCACCAGCGUGCAAACCGACGUCACAGCUGCCCACAUUGCUGCAAUGGAGGAUGACCUGGCCUUUGUCAACACCGAGGUGUACGCAUUGCGGCAGAGCAAAGAGGAUUACCAGCUGACCGCAGCAGCCCUUCAGCGUGACCCCAAGAAGGUCAAGUGCUACACCGGAUUAGAAAGUUUUGAUGUCCUUUUAGGAGUGUACCUCCUGAUUGAGUGUGCUGUGCAUCACACCGCAACGAACAGCCUGAGCAAGUUUCAGGAAUUCCUGGUUUUCCUGAUGAAGUUGAGACUUAAUUUAACAUUCCAGGAUCUGGCCUUUCGCUUUGGUGUGUCCGAGGCAACCACUAGUCGAGUUUUCGACCGCUGGUUGCAUGUUGCCUACUUUCGCUUCAAAAGCCAAAUCAUCUGGCCAGAAAGACGAACGCUACAACAAACCAUGCCACAGCCAUUCUACGAUGCCUUUGGGGACAAGGUGUCGGUUGUUCUGGACUGCUUUGAGAUCAAGAUUGAACGGCCCUCAUCCUUGCUCCCAAGGGCACAGACGUGGUCCCAGUAUAAAUCAAGCAACACUGCCAAAUUCUUCAUAGGCAUAGCACCACAGGGGGCCACCACUUUCAUAUCGGAGGGUUAGGGAGGGAGAACAAGCGACAAACAUGUCACAGAGCACAGUGGAAUCCUCGACAAGCUGCAACCGGGAGAUGUUGUCCUAGCAGACCGCGGCUUUGACAUUUCGGACAGUGUCGGACUUCAUCGUGCCAAGCUCCAUAUACCCGCAUUUACGAAGGGCAAGCAGCAGCUCAGUGUGUCAGAUGUGGAGACAACAAGGAAGCUUGCCAAUGUAAGAAUACACGUUGAGAGGGUUAUCGGCUUAGAACGCAACAAGUAUGUGAUUCUGAAGAGCACUUUGCCAGUCGACUUUGUUACAUGCCGGCCUGGAGAUGAUCUGCCAGCAGUCGACAAAGUGGUAACGGUGUGCUGUGCCCUUUCGAACUUCUCUCCCUCAGUAGUACCGAUAAAUGAUGCAGCUGCUGAAUGAGGCAAAAUGCCUGCCAAUUCAUCAGCUGUAUCAUACUCUCUUAGAAAGUAACUGGUGUGUUUGUUUUCCCUGCAGAACACUUGGAGAGCCAACCGUUGCAACCUACAGGGAGAUUUUGGUGCUCGCAGUCUGGCACUGAGCGCGCGUUUAACUUGCACGUCAUGCCCAGUGCCACAGUGCGGUUGGCAUUUCUUGAUCUUGCUCAGGUUUUUUUUCCGUAGACUGC